UCGUGUGGGAAGCUCAAUGCAGCUGUAAAGCAGCAUACCAAUGACACAGGCAGGGAUAGUUGCUAUUACAAGAACCACACACCCUUUUCCCACUUAUCCGGAUCCCUGAUGACUGUUUUAUCAGUAGUUUAUUUGAACGCAGUUUCUUGAUUUGGUGGAAUAUUGCCCGCAUCUGACUGAACUGAAUGAUACAUUUUCCCGACAGCCGCUGUUCUCAUUUUUUUCCUGAAUAUCAGUGUGGUGUUUUUCCCCUCAUUUUCUUUGCCUUGGUGUAAAGACUGGCUGAACCUCAGACAUCACUGGUAGGUAGCCCUGUGAACUACAUGAUUCGAAAAGAGAAGCGAUUUAUUAUUUUUUGAGGUGAGUAAACCCACGCAUUAUAUAUUUCGGUUUAUCGAGUGGGUAGCCUAUUGCUGUUUUGUUUUUGCCUGAACUAUUCAGUACAACUUCAGCGAGCAUCUCUAUGGACUGGGGCUGUUGGAGCAGCACAAUUUGUUUCCUUCUCCUCUCUCAUGAACUGGAGAGCAGGCUGAAGUUGUUUUGCAGUCACUUCAGCUGCUUGCCUUCAGUCCCUUCUGUCUUAACGCAGAGGUGGGCACCUUGUCUUUAGUUCAUGCCGUACUGAAAUGCUUCAUGGAUAUACAACAGCACUGGAGACCCUACGAGAGAAAUCAUGUUUUAAACAAGUGGAGUCUGUCAAGAAGAGAUGCAUAGGCUGAAAUCUGAGCUCACUGCGAUUCUGACGUCUGAAUGGGAGCAAUGUCUGUCUCUCAAGAAACCACAUUUACAAACGCUUAAGGUUACUAAAUGGUUUUCUGGGGGAUUUAUAAAAGGCAAAAUGCUGCUUCUAGUUCUUUUGGCCUUUUCCGUAUCGAAUACGUUUUCUGACUUGGAUUCUGACCUCUCAGCGGAGACUUGCAGCGCCUGUUCUUGCAUGUCCAUCGAGAACGUCCUCUAUGUGAACUGUGAGAAAAUAACUGUGUACAGACCUACUCAGCUGCUGCCCCCGGUCUCUAGCCUCUAUCAUUUGAAUUUCCAAAAUAACCUAUUGAUCGUCCUUUACCCCAAUUCCUUUCUCAAUUUCACACACGCAGUCUCUCUUCAACUGGGAAACAACAAAUUACAGAACAUCGAGGGAGGGGCAUUUUAUGGCCUUAGUUCGUUGAAACAGCUGCACUUAAAUAACAAUGAAUUAAAAGUGCUCCGAGCUGACACUUUCUAUGGGAUCGAAAACUUGGAAUACCUCCAGGCUGACUACAAUUUGAUCAAGUAUGUUGAAAAAGGAUCCUUCAACAAAUUGCAUAGGCUGAAAGUUCUCAUCCUAAAUGACAAUCUCGUCCAGAUCCUUCCUGAUAAUAUUUUUCGCUUUGCCUCCCUUACUCAUUUGGAUAUAAGAGGAAACAGGAUUCAGAAGCUACCAUAUCUUGGAGUUUUGGAACACAUUGGACGUAUAGUGGAAUUGCAGCUCGAUGACAACCCAUGGAAUUGCACUUGUGAUUUGUUACCCUUGAAAGCUUGGUUGGAGAACAUGCCCUAUAACAUUUUUAUUGGGGAGGCUAUAUGUGAAACCCCUAGUGACCUGUAUGGAAGCCUGUUGAAAGAAACAAACAAACAGGAACUGUGUCCCAUGGGAACAGGUAGUGACUUUGACGUAAGGAUGCCCCCUUCACAGCCAGAUAAUGGCCAAACAACAUCCGACACUGCACCCACUACGAUACCCCCCAUAGCCACAAAAGAUCCCAAAACAACAAACCCAUCUAAAAUGUAUGGUAACGGGAUUGUUGGUUUACCUGGUUUGAAUAAACAUAUUCCAAUUAUGUCCUAUCAAACAAGAACCCCACCUCUCUCCUGCCCACAGCCUUGCACAUGCAAAGCUCAUCCCUCAGACUUUGGCAUUGGUGUGAGUUGCCAAGAGAGAAGUAUACACAAUCUAGCAGAUCUCAUUCCCAAACCACCAAAUGCCAAGAAGCUACACCUAAGUGGUAAUUAUAUACAAGAUAUCAGUCCAGUUGAUUUCCAAGGUUUUGAGGGUUUAGAUUUACUACAUUUGGGAAGCAAUCAAAUAGUCACAGUUCAAAAAGGUGUCUUUGCAAAUCUGACCAACCUCCGUAGGCUUUAUCUCAAUGGGAACCAACUAGAGCAGCUGCAUCCUGAGAUGUUCAUUGGGCUCAGUAACCUCCAAUACUUGUACUUGGAAUACAAUGCCAUAAAAGAGGUGUUAGCAGAGACCUUUGACUCCAUGCCAAAUCUGCAGUUGUUGUAUCUGAACAAUAAUGUGCUAAGGAGCCUCCCUGCCUAUAUCUUUGCUAGCGUUUCCUUGGCUAGGCUAAAUCUUAAGAACAACCAUUUCAUGACUCUGCCUGUGAGUGGCGUCCUAGACCAGCUGAGGUCUCUCACUCAGAUUGAUCUGGAAGGCAAUCCAUGGGAAUGCUCCUGUGAUUUAGUGGCUCUGAAACUUUGGCUGGAGAAGCUGAAUGACGGAGUGGCUGCGAAAGAGAUCAAAUGCGCAUCCCCAGUGCAGUUUUCCAAUAUAGAGUUAAGGCUGCUGAAAAAUGAGGUCCUAUGCCCCAAACUCAUAGCUAGAUCCCCUUUCAUCCUGACCAGUGCUAUUCCGGUGGUGAACUCCUUGUCCCCAGCAGGGGUGGGCAAGGCCCCUCCGGGAGGUCCAGUUCCCCUAUCCAUCAUGAUCCUCAGUAUCCUGGUGGUGCUCAUCCUCACAGUAUUUGUUGCUUUUUGCCUCUUGGUGUUUGUGCUCAGGCGCAAUAAAAAGCCACCUGGACGCCAGGAGGGCAUGGGAAAUCAGGAGUGUGGUUCCAUGCAACUCACGCUCAGAAGACACAACAAAUCUAGCAAGAAGGAUGACCUGGGAGGGGAGACGUUCAUCCCCCAAACUAUCGAGCAUAUGAGCAAGAGCCACACCUGUUCGAUUAGAGACUCUGAGUCAGGCUUUAGAUUUGCUGACUCCCAGAGACAGAAAAUAAUAAUGCGCAACAGCACUGACCAAGACAAGGACUCACUGUCCCCCCUGGACCCCCGAAAUAAGAGACUGAGCACCAUUGAUGAGCUGGAUGAGUUCCUGCCGAGAGAAUCCAACAUGUUCAUUCAAAACUUUUUAGACAGUAAAAGGCUGGAUUUCAACAGUAUAGGGGUGAGUGGGUUUGAAAUCCGUUACCCAGAGAAACCACAUGACAAAAAUAUUAAAAAGUCAGUAAUAGGGGGAAACCAUAGUAAGAUAGUAGUGGAGCAAAGGAAAAAUGAGUAUUAUGAACUUAAAGCAAAACUUCAAGGUACACCUGACUACCUUCAGGUUCUGGAGGAACAGACUCAAAUGAGUAAAAUGUAGGCUAUGUAUCCACUCAACCCCCCCCCCUUCCCCCAAUUACAAAAGUGCCUUGUGGAAAACCUUAAUGACCAAUGGAUAAACUGGACAGCUGGCUCCAGUCAGACUUUUCCCCUGAUGUGGUGAUGCCAUUAUAACAUGUAUGAAUAUCACAUCAUACCACAAGACAUCCUUAAGAGACAAUUGUAGUAUUUUGCUGCUAUUGAAAUUGGUACUUUUUUCAACCAAAUCAUUGGGUCACGGAAACAAUGUUGAGUGUUACUCAUCGUGACCCUUCCACAGUGUUUUUGUGGAAAUAUCGAAUCAGUAUUUUGGAUGAAAUAACUAUCAGAAAUUGUGACUUUGCAGUUCUCCUGGGAAUAUAACGUUGUUGGCAUCCCCCAUUUACAGACACUUACGAUCUGCCUGGAUUAUAACUGAUCACUGCUGGUCGCUGCUGGGGGCCCUGAUGCCUUGUUUUCACUAACAAAAGGCACUUACAACCCGAAUAGCAGAUUUGGAAUGAUUCCGUUAUUUUUUUUUUGUGUAAAGAGCCAUGUUAAUAGUGUUUGAAUGAAAUGUGGUUCCUCUUGAUAUUUUUGGGUAUGGCACAUGUCUGUAUUUUUUUAGGCCCAAGAAAACAGCUGCUUGCCAUGUAAGCGUACCUGGAUUUAUUUUGUCUACAUUAUUUGUAUCUGUGGGACAGUUUGUAAAUUACAACAGAAGUAAAAACAACAACUAUACCGAUUAAAACAUAUAUAUAAUAAAUAAAAAACACUAAUAUAUGAUUGAUGACCCCUGUCAACUGUCAAUUGGUAGUUAAUUUACCUACAUUAUUUAUUUAUUUUUCAACGCAGGAUUAUUUAAAGAUUAUUGGUACUAUUUAAAAGUGAAAUGGACAUGUAGAAUACAUAAGCAAUUCAGGCUCAGACCUUGAGCCACAAAAUAUUUAUAAGUCUAAAUCUUUCUGUUUUCUGAGUUUCUUCAGGAACUCUACUGAUGGCCUGAAAGAAAGGGGAAUAGUGAUGAUGUUGCACGAACUGAGGUCUAAUAGUAUUUGAAGUUGAACAAAUUCCUUAUUCUUAUAUCACACAGUAUCUUGUAAAAUGUUUGUUAUUAACAUUAUGCAACCAAAAUAAAUGUGCAUUAAAGUGAUAUGAUUCUGGAUUGUUUGACUGUGUACCCUGGGAUUGGAAUAGAAAGCAGAGAAAGGUAGUGUAUGAGAUGAGUUCAAUUUAACUUUGGAAGACAAUUGUGUGGCUAAGAAUUUGCUUUAUAUAGCUGAUCUGGACAGAAUCACAUCAAACACCAUGUGGAAUAUUAAUAUGCUCAAUCAUAAUAGCUUAAAUAUUUUAUGUUAUUUAUUCGUUCAAGGUUAUAUUGUGGAGACAUUUUAUAUUGUUAUUUCAAAUUAUUUUAUCCACUUUAUUUGACCAAGUCCUUAUUUAAAGUAUUGCUAAGUUAAUGAGUGUUUGAAAUACCAAUGGAUAGAAUGUACCUUCAAAUAUAUAAUAAAUACAAUUUUCUAUCAGACAGCAGAAUACUGUAUAUUGGUUAGUUUUGAAUUGUAUACACCUGUUUAAGUCAAGGUAUUAAAAUCAGCACCUAUAUGCACUGUGUUUUUCUUUUCCUCAAGAAAAUGUCAUCUUGUUUCCUCAGUCGUUUAAGUUGCUUUAUAAAUAAAGCCUUGAAUGUUCAUGCAGAAAAACCUGAGAAUUAGUUGACUAUUUGAACACAAAAUCUGUUUUAAUACUAUGUGACAUGAAUCUCAAUUCAGCAAUCAACAGAUACACAUGAAAGUGAAUACAUAUGAUGUAACCCCAUCAUCAAUGCUGUGUGUUUUCUUUUUUUUAUCAUGUCACAUUAGACUGAUAAAAUAAUGUUUAGGGCAUUAUUCUUUAUUUUUGUUUUAAGGCCAUUACAGUAGUCCUUUACAGGGGAGGAAUUAAUUAGUGAGUAAAAGGAUGAUAUGGUGUCAUAACCUUUACGGAUGUUCCGGUGCAUAUUUGGUGCGUCUUGUUCUAUGGUUAAACAGGGAGUAACGUUUUAAAGAUGUGGGUGAGAACUAAACUAGUGUUAGGAUGUUUGUCAAGGGACAGGUCAAGUGAACUUGAAUUUUAUACUCUGUAAUAUACUGUAUGCACCUACAACAAUGCACCUGAUGCUAUAUGGAUCUAGUGGUUAUCGGCAGUGUCUACUUAUUUAUUUUGUUUAUUUUUUGUUUAUUUUUGUUAGUUUUUUAUGUACUUUAAAAGCAUUUCAUGUUUGCACUCCUCCCACAAAUAAAUGUUUGUCAUUUUAGUUUUC